AGAGAGAGGAGCGGGGUUCACCCAAAGUGGGGCUCGAGCUGACCCAACGUGGGGCUCAAACUUAUGAACCAUGAGAUCAUGACCUGCGCUGAAGUCCCAUGCUUAACCAACUGGGCCACCCCAGCAACCCUCAUUUUUUUUAUAGGGCUGCUAACAAAUUGGGUAGCUUAAAACAACAGAAAUUGAUUCUCUUACAGUUCUGAGGCUAGAAGUCUGAAAUUCAGGUGUCAUCAGGGGCAUGCUUUCUCUCAAGGCUCUAGGGAAGAAUCCUUCUCUGUCUCUUCCUAGCAUCUGGUAGUUGUCAGUAGUCCCUGAUGCUUCUGGCUGAUAGAUACAUCACUGCAAUCUCUGCCUCCAUCAUUGCAUGGCAUCCUGUCUCCCUGUCCAAAUUUCUCUCCUCUUAUAAGGAUAUCAGUCAUUGAAUUAGGGCCUACUCACAUCUAGUAUGACCUUAUCUUUAACUUGAUUACAUCCUUCAAAAAACAUAUUACUAAAUAAAGUUGCUUUCACAGGUUCUCAGUAGAGAUGAAAUUUGGAAGGACACUGUUCAACCCAGCACAGCACUCUUGCUGUCUUUUGGUUCCUUUUUGCAAGGGAUAGCUUGUUCCCAUCACUUUAUGUUCUACCUAUUUGUGUUUUGAAUCAAGGUUGUAUCUCUUAUAGAUAGAAUUGGGUUUUGCUUUUUUAUGCAGUUUGUUGAUGUCUGUGUUUUGAUUAGGGUGUUUAGAGAAUUCAGAUUUAAUAUGAUUAUUGAUUUAGUUAUACAUUUGUCAUUUUGCUAUUUGUUUUCUGUUUUCUCCUUCUUGAUUGCCGUCUUUUAUGUUAAAUAAUGUUUUCAUUAUUUUUUUUUUUAAGUAGGCUCCAUGCCCAACAUGGGACUUGAACUCAUGGCCCUGAGAUCAAGAGCCGCAUGCUCUACUGACUAAGCCAGCCAGCUGCCCUUAGUAGGCAAUUUUAAUUCAUUGUUGAUUACUUUUAGUAUUUUUGUAAAAAGAUUUUGUUAAAAGUAAUUUCUGCACCCAAUGUGGAGCGUGAACCUAUGAUCUCAAGAUCAAGAGUCACAUGCUCCACCGACUGAGAAGGCCAGGCAUCCCUACUUUUAGUAUUUUUUAAAGUUAUUUUCUUGGCAUUUGCUUUUGGGAUUAUAAUGUGCAUCUUAAAAAAAACUUUGCUUCAGCUCAGUACUAAUUUAAUCCUGGUAAAAUAAUGAAAAUUUGCUUUAAUGUAGUUCUAUUCUCCAUCCCCUCCUUCAUGCUUUUAUUCUUGUAAACCCAACAAUAUAGUGUUAUAAUUGUUAUUUUACAUAAUCUUAUAUUUUUAAAUCUGUUAAGAGAAAAAAUGCAUGUAUGGUUUUGAUAAUUCCUUAUGUAAGUAACUGUAUAGAAAUUUUUCACUGCUUUCUGUUGAUUUGAAUUACCAUCCAGUGCCAUUUCCCUAUAGGCUGAAGGAUAGUAUGUCUUGUAAUAGACAGACUCUCCUGCCUCUGGGAAAUCACUUUCACUGACAACGAUCCUGGGUGUCUUCACCCAUUGCUCCAAACUGGGUGAGCCAGUUUGGCAAUAGAGAAGGCAAUAGAGAAGCUGCUGGUCCUCAUGGACUUCCCUCCCUCGUAGAGCCCCAUGUUGAUGGCAUAGGUGGAGUCAGCCCCAUAGUAGAACUCCAUAGAGCUUCACAAAGUCCAGCAAGUACUCAAGCAUAAACACACCUUGGAUUGUUGUAUGCAUUUGGUCAGUUUCCAGAGUGUUGAAAUGGUUGUUUUAGGGCAGUUCCAUCCCAUAUUUCCACUUGCUUCUAGGGAAGAGAAUUUGACAGUCUCUUCACUCAACUGUUACCAGAAAUCGUGCCUCAAUCACUAUCCUUCCCAACAUUUUUGUAAUUAAUUCCUUGAACCAAAUUCCCUCCAUUUACAAAAAAUUUUUAAUAGAGAGAAAAAAAUAUUUUUGAGAGAGAGAGAGAGAGAAAGACAGAGCAUGAAUGGGGAUGGGGGGCAGAGAGAGAGGGAGACACAGAAUCUAGAACAGGUUCCAGGCUCCAGAGCUUCGAGACAGAGCCUGACGCAGGGCUCAAACUCACAAACUGUGAGAUCAUGACCUGAGCUGAGGUCGGACACUUAACCAAUUGAGCCACUCAGGCAACCCCAGAUUCCCUCCAUUUUAAAUACCUAGAGUCAUUUCUGUUUUCUUGACCAGACACAACUCAGACACUGUAAUCUUUAGAAACUUACUGAAAGUCGGGGAUGGCUAAUAAUCUGAAUAGGAAAUCGUUCUCAAAGAUUUGGCACCAUUCAUACACCCCAGUCUUCAGCUUCCUCACUAAUGAAGUGAAACUUUUCAUAACAAUUAAGUUGUUCCAUGGAAUAAGUGAGUUGAUGUGUGGAAAACAUCUGAAACACAGUACACACCUAAUAUGAAUUAAAGUCUAUUUUUCCUGUAGCUUAAGCCCCAUUCCUUUUAGUGUUCUCAAGAAACUGCCAGAAUAUUCCCUCAACAAACCCUUGUGAAAACCCACACGAGGGAACUAGAAAGAAGCCAAGUUAAUUAAACUGCUCAAUGAUUCAUCGUCUGCCUUUCAUUAGCCCUGGUGCCAGAUUUCCUUUUCAUUCCCCACAACAAAACUGCCUGAAGACUCAAAGUUGAAUCUUAUUUUUAUGACUGGAUUGAUUAGAACAGUUCACUUUUCCUCAUAGUUUAGUCUAGUUCUUAUUCUUUUGAAUAAGCGUGACUUUAAAUACUGAAGAAACAGCAGAUCUUCCAUAGCUCCAUGUAUAAAUUAUGAUGUUUGUCAGCAAUCCUGCCUGUGACGUCAGUAGCAGAGUCAGCUAACAGUUGCUGGGCGAUGCCACGGUCUUGAACUGUCUGUCGCGUGGAUGUAAAUAGAUUCCUGCUGCUGGUUAAAAACAAAAGACAAAUAACUGGAUUCCUUGCAUCUAGAGUGAAUUCAGUGGUCUACUGUUUGCCUCAGAGAGUGGGAAGUAUCGCCUCAUAGAGGUAAGCAAAAACCUUCAUCUUCCCCCCUCCCCCACCGCCUUGUUGGUUCUCUAUGGGAAGCUACACUCUUGGAAUUAUCGAUCAAACAUUUCAGCAUUGCAAUUUUGUCCAUUCACCCAUACGAUGCUUGAAAUUUCCAUAUGAUAUCCUCAGCUUGUCAUUCAGCCUUGUAUACAUCCAGGGGAAGGAAGUUUAUUAACCCUCAAGUAAGAGUAUUCUUAGGAUCUUUGAGAAUUUUGAUUUGAGAUGCCCAUUCAAUCUAAGAGAGAACUUUGUCUUGCCACAUGGCUUUCUUUCAUUCCUUGUUCUGAGAAGCUCCGAAGAAUAAAAGACAAUAUUUCUUUCCUCUACUGUAUUAGUUCUACAAAUAACGAAGACCUCAGUCAUAUCUUCAUAGUUAGAUUCACCGUUGGUUAAACUAUCUGUUUCAUACAGUUUGUGUAUGUAAGUCUGUUUUCCAUCCUGUUUGCCUUCCUCUAAACCUGUCCCAUGUGUCCUUAUUUUACUUUUUUACAUGUUGCUGCUAAGCCACAAUAUAUUCUGUACUUUGAAGGUCCUGAAAAUUACCCCCAUUUAGCUCUUUAAUAUUUUAUAGAUUUCUUUCCCAUUGUAGGGGUAAAAUUAGGUGAACAUCAAGGCAGAGAAAUAUUUAUACAUGUCGGUCAGCAUGGGCUAAGACCACAUCACACUUCUGUUCAGAGACUAGAAGAGAUGGAAUCUUUUCUCUCAGAAGACAUUGGCUCUAUGAUACAGAACAAGGCCAUUGAGAGAAUCAUCUCCCCAAUGACUGUUCAGCUCUGCCAUCUGAUCAUUUCAAUGGAGAAGAAAGACAUGGAAAAUGAAGCAUUUGCCUGUUUGGAGAAGAUGGCGGAAGAAUUGGCCCAAGCUAGUGAAGACUUUGUGCAAGUUGCCAAAAGGCUGGCAGGAGACUCUGAGGAGGAGUGGCUCUGGGAGGAAAUAAUGCCUACUGCUGAGUCUCUGGUCCUGUCUGGGAGGAACAUCGUGCUGGUGGCUCAGAAGCUCCAUCUUCAGCCGGGAUGUCAAAGCCACCAGGAGGAGCUAGUGACUACAGCUCAGCAGAUCCUGGUGGACACCACAAAGGUCCUGCUCCUAGAAGACGCAGCGAUGGCGAGGAAGAUAGUGCGGGCGGCGGGUUGGUGCCUGACCUGCCUGGACGCGCUGGAGGACGCGGCCUCGCUGCGCGGCCCCUUCGCCGACCUGGCCGCCGCGCUGCUACGCCUGGGCCGCCUGACUGCGCGCGGGCCCGGGGAGCGCCUGGACCACGCCGGCCGCCUGCUGCGGGGCUGUGUCCCCGCGCUGCUCGAGGCCGCCCGCGGCCACCUGCAGCGCCCUUGCGACCCGCAGCUGGCCGCUUCCCAGCGCCACACUUUGGCCCAGACCAGGAAGACCCUAGGCGAGCUGCUGGCGCAGCUGGAGCCCAGCGCCGCGGCCCCAGCGGCCAGCGCCCAAACCGGCGCGCUCACCUGGCGCCUGCGGCGGCUGCGCGAGCUUCUGUCGGCGCCCGGGCACGAGCGCAUGCGCGGCGGCCCUCUAGACGCCCUGUUGGCGGCCGUAGUGUGGCACUGCAUGCGUCUGGCCGCUUGCUCCGCACCGCCGGAGAGGCUGCGCUUGGUGGCCCGCUGCGGCCAGCUGCUGGAGCUGCGGAGCGCCGGGCGCCUGGGUCGGAUCGACAGGCAUCUGGGAGAAGGCCGGGCCUCCGGGAGCCUGGAACCCGGGCGGGAGUGUGUGGAGCUGCAGGCCGCCACUGAGGCCCUGUGCCAAGGAGUCCGCUCUGGGCUGCUGCACCAGAUCCUGGACACGUUCACUGAUACGCAAAGCCCUCUUCAACGACUGGUCCAGGCUGCCUUGGCCACUCGCCCAGUCAGCUCCCUGUGUGAUGGCCAGGCCUUGCCAAAGAAUCUCCAGCUUUUCCUUGCCGCUUUCCGUGACCAGGCCAAGCAGAUGCUCAGAGUGGCUCACUUGGUUUGCUGCCCUCGACAACAAACUGGCAAAGACAUGGAGGUCACCAUGGCAGGCCUUUGGGGGCUUGUGGUCAGAGUGCAGCAACUUUUCUCACAAAGUCCCCAAGGAUCUGGUCUGGACUGGAGCCCAGCUUCCUUGCAGGCCCUGCUUCAGGCAUGGACCAGGGCAUCGGAAGGCCUGUUGGCAUGUUUUGAUGAUGUUCUCAAUAUUCCUGAGUUCCUGAGUGUGUCCAUUCAAGAAAUGACCAAGCACUUGGACUUCUUUAGAUGGGCUUUGAGAAAGGGAGAUUCCAGAGACUUUCCCCAACUUGUGGCAUAUUUACAGGGUCGGGCCACUCACAUAGUGCAGGUGAUGAGCAGGUAUGUGGACCAAGAUCGAGAUCCCAUUUUCCGGAAUGGCCUGAGAGUCUUGAUCCAGCAGCUGGAGCAGUCUUCCCUGUUCCUGAGUGAAGCUGCUGAGUGCUGUUUGGGUGGGCACAGUGCUCAGGACACAGAAGUAUUUUUAACCAUGGCAAAACAUCUGAUCUGUUCAGCCCAGAGCAUCCAAGAAGGGCUGGAUGGGACUAACCACCCAGAUAUCCUCAGCCCGCUUCGGGACCAAGUCCAAAGGUUUGACACUGCUAAGGAACAACCUUAUUUUAUUCUCCCCAGCCUCCAGGACUCCACAACUCCUGCACUGGAACACCAGGGAGAACCUGGGUUGGGGGAAAGCAAUUCAGGCAUCUCCUAUCCACUGAGGAACAAUCUUUCCCACCCUUUGAUUCCUGACAUGCAUCUACAGAGUGGGGACCCUCCACUACCAGCCGUCAGCAAAUUCAUCGUUGCUGUAGAGAGCCAGAGCCACCAGGCAGUGACCACAGCUAGCACCAACCUGCAGGAACAAAACGCCGCUGUGGAUGCAGCUCAAGAGGCCUUGGCUGGGGAGGGACCACUGGGGUCAGAGGGGAUGCCUGGACUCCAAGAAAUCCCAACACUAACACCUUCUAUUGUUGACCUAGGAACAGAGAUAGAACCUUGCACGACUGCUAGAACCGGCGGGCUUCCGGAAGUGGCUCUCCAGCUGUCUGGGAGACCCAGGGAAACCGGGCAGGGCUUGGUAGCCAGGGCUGGUGACUGGUACCCUCUGUGUCAACAGCUCUUUUGUCACAACCCAGCAGGUGAUCUUCUAGGGAACAUGGCAGUGUUCAUGGAGCUGCAGCAGAAUUUGGCCUCAAUGGUUCAACUAGCAGCCAAAAGUGAGCCUGUGGAUUGGGGUAAGAAGGACCCUGACUCAGCUGGGCGUCCAGAAGCACUUUUACAAAUGCAAGGCAGAUUGGAGGAGGUGCAGACCCAUGCUAAACAGCUGUUGGACAAGGUUCUGGCUUUCGAUAGCCUCCAAGCCCCUACGUCAUGGGACGAAAGCUUUGAGGAUGGGUGCCUUCUAUGGUCAGUGGCUGUCCAAGACCUGCUCCAGUGCAUGGAGAGACUCAGCAGGAGACAAGGCCUGUUCUUACUGCCCCUGCGGCGGGCCGUGAAGGACCAGCAGGGACUGCAGGAAGAGUUGGCCCAGGCAGCAGCUGUUUCUCAGAGGCUACUAGAGGCUGCCAGGCUGUCUGGCCUCCUGUGUGGGGAUGCGCAGAUAAAAUGUGAGGUCUCAUUUUUGUGCAGGGAAAUCCAUGUGCUCACAGAUGCUCUGCUGGAUGUGGCACAGAUCCUGGCCUCCUCCCCCAAACCAUCUCCCAGUCUGUCCACACGCUUUGAACUGCUCUGCUUGGAGUUCUCCUUUCAAGCCAAGGCCCUCACUGGCCACCUCAGCAUCAUCAACGCAGACUAUGAACAUGUCUUCCAAGAUGCCUUCUAUCCAAGGCUCUCUGUCUAUAAAGAACCUCAGGCCAGGCCAGAAAGCUCCCUGGAAAGAAUGGUGUCUGGUAUCCAAGCUGCACAGGGAAUUGUGGCAGGAAGUCAAGAGUCUGGGCCCUGCCAGGAGGACCUUCUUAGGGCUCUGGAGAGCAUUUUUGUCCUCACCCAGGAGGUGGCCCAGAGGGUCCCAGUGCUCCAAGAACACUCAGAGGAGUGGAGAAUGCACACCCUGGACUGGCUUCAGUGGGAGUGGGCAGCCAAAGCCCAUCAUGCCAUGGCCCAGCUCCAGGCCUGGAAAGGUGGUCACACCAAGGCCUGGGCACUCUUGGCCCAGUGCCUGAAGCCCAGUGAUGAGACGGCAGUGAUGAAGCCCAGGGAUGAACAGGCCUCUGCCCAGCCCCAGCUCCACUGUGAGGAGGGUGCCUCAGGAGCUGUUGCAGUGGGCAGUGUGGAUUCUCGGGGUGCUGCCCCAAAAGACACCCCAGGGAACUCAGGGGGGGCCUGCACUGUGGACCCAGACGUCACUGGGACAAUUGCAGCAGACCUGGACACGGAGCAGCCGCACAGCCCAGCACCUGGCUCCACAGGCCCACUGGCCUGGCUGGGCCCUGAGCCGGACCAGCUGCUCCCGGAGGAUGGCGGCGUGGAAGGGGGGAGCAGGAUCAUCCAGAUUACCCGAGAGAUGGCUACAGAGGUGCUCCUGAUGGCUCAGAGUCUGAGGAGGAGAGGACCCGUCUUGACCAAAGAUCAGCUCAUUACCUCUGCUAGGAAAAUCGCGACUUUUGGACAAAAGUUCGCCAGACUUAUCCGCAUCAUCGCCAAGAACUGCAUAGAUCAAAGAUGUUCCCAGGAGCUUUUGUGUGUGGUAGACCAGAUUCAAACAAUGAGCAACCAGCUCCGCAUCAUCUCCAGUGUAAAGGCCUCUCUGGCAAGAAGCAGGUCCUCUGAAGAGCUCCUGCUGGAAAAUGCUCAACAGCUCCUCCGGGCCGUGUCCAAGACCGUGAGGACCACAGAAGCUGCAAGUCUGCGGGGCUUGAGACAGCCUUCCUCAGAUCCAGAAGAACUGGAAGUUGCUGCCUUCUGUGUGCAGUGGAGAAGAAAACUGCUAAGGCACAGACUCCGAGAAACUUCAAACCUGGACUAUGAUGAGCUGGGCCUGCGAAAAACAAGCACAGAAGGGCCCCUAACAUUAGCAGCCCUGGUUCCAGAAGCAUUCUAAAGACUGAGAAAUACUCUCUGAGUCAGACUGUCUGUUGAUGUGUGCCUUGGCCCUGAGAUGGGCAGCCAGAGUGGGGAGUGACUCUUAGGCUGAAAUAGGCUCACAUUGUAGAACCUUCUACAUGGGGGUUGGGCAGGUGGGGGGGUUGGUGGCAGGGGCUAGGCCUUGCACAGAGCUGCCUUGGCAGUCCUCCCAGUGAGGGGGAAUGUCCCUGGGCCCCUGGUGAGGCUGAUCCCCUGGGAAUGAUACUUCAGUUUCUGGGCUUAGAAGGAACAUCACAUAUAGACUGUAGGAGGAGGGGGAAAAACAUCGACGCCCUGUUACUUAAGCCUUUAUUAAGGUGUUGCAAAGUGAGAACAGUAUCAGUUGUGCAGGAAGCCAGGUACUGAAAGAUGUGUAGGUUACACUGGGGAGGUCAGUCAAGUUCAAGGUAUGGGGAAACUAAAAUUUGUGUUAGCCUGGGAUGAGCUCCCUAUAAGGACUGGUUUGCGUGGCUACUUGAAGAUUGGUUUGCAUUUUCUAGGAUUUUUAUUAAACUGGAAUCAUGUAAUAGUGUUCUUUCCUACCCCCCCCCCCCCCCCCCCAGCUUCUUUCCUUCAGCAUGAUCACUGCAAGAUGAUCCUUUUCAGAUGCUCAGGACUCUUGGCCAUACUUAGGUCCCAAGAUUUCCUCCUAGGUUUUCUUCUGAAAGUUGGAUGUAGAGAUUUAUCCAUUUUAUUUAUCUUUUUAAAUAACCAACUUUUGGUUUUAUUGACUUUCUUUCCUAGAUUUCUGUUUUCUACUUCAUGGAUUCCUUCUCUUUAAUAUUUCUUUUUUUUUUUUAAUGUUUUACUUAUUUUUGAGAGAGAGAGAGAGCACAUGUGAGUGGGGGAAGGGCAGGGAGAGAAGGGGACAGAGGAUCUGAAGUGGGCUCUGUGCUAACAGCAGUGAGCCCAAUGUGGGGCUGGAGCCCAUGAACCAGGAAAUCAUAACCUGAGCCAAAACCAAGAGACACUGAAUUAACUGAGCCACCCAGGUGCCCCUCUUUGAUAUUUGUUAUCAUGCCUUUGCGCUUAACUUGUUCUCCUUUUCAAGUUUCUGCAUGUGCAACCAGAGAUCAUUAUUCUGUAGCAUUCUUUUCUAUUACAGGCUCUUACUGCUGUGAUUUCUAAGCACUACUUCAGCAUUAGCCUCCAAUUUUUAUUUUUUUCUUUCUCAUACAUUCUAAUUUCCUUUUUGAAUUCUUUGUUGACCAUGGAUUAUUUGCAACUGUGUUAUUUAGUUUCAAAGUAUUUGGGGGGAAUUUCCAGGUAUUUUUUUCUGUUUUGAUUUCGGAUUUAAUUCCUUUGUGGUCAAAAGACAUUCUUUGUAUUAUUUGAAUCCUUUUAAGUUUACCGAGCUUUGUUUUGGGGCCUGGGGUAUAGUUUAUCUGGAUAAAUGUUCCACGUGCAGUAGGGAAGAAUGUACAUUCUGCUGUUGAUAGGUGGAGUCUUCUAUGAACACCAGCUGGGGCAAGUUGAUUGACUCUGUUGUUCAAGUUUUCCAUGAUGUUCCCUGAUGUUCAUUCUACUUUUUCCAUCCAUUUUGAGCGAAGGGUAUUGAAAUCUGCAACUAGAAGUGUGAAUUUGCCUGUUGGGUUUAAUCUCUCUUAAGAGUGACUGUCCUAUGCUGCCUGGGGUCCAACUCUGAACUCUAUUGUUUUGUAUGUUUCAUCUGGCUGUUCUGGGGAUGAAGGGUGUGUGUGUGUGUGUGUGUGUGUGUGUGUGUGUAUAACCUAGCCUCUGUUACUCCCUCUUGGCCAGCAGGGGAAGUACUUGUUUCUCUUUUCAAACUACCUUUUCUCUGGCUCAUGUUUGAGUCUCCUUUUUCAGAAACAUUCCCUGGGUCUUCUCCUGCUAUUCAGAACCAAGUUCCAAGAAAUAUUAGUCUAUUACUGCUGUUUUGUUUCCUUACCAUCCACCAAUCCUUCAAAACUCUGGCUUCAUUUUUCAUUUUUUUCCCAAUUUGUCAGAUGCAAUGGGCUCUUCUCCGAAUUUGGUCUCCCUGAGUUCUUGACUGGUCCAACUCCAGGGACCUCUUCCUUCUUGACACUCUCUCCUCCGUGGGCCUCCUCUCUGCAGUUUUCCCCUUUGCUGACUGCAGCUUUUUAUUCCCUUUGCUCCUUUCCCCCACCUCCACCUGUUCUCUCCUCCACAUUGUCACCCUUUAUCCUCUCUAAUUGCAAUUUUGUUUAGGUUUCUUUGUGGCUUCAAAUCCUUUGCCCCAAGCACAGGGGAACCAGGAGUCAGACUGCUGCCGGCUCUUUGGCCCUUGCUGAAGAAUCACUGCACCGUCAGAGCAAAGCGUUUUAAGGAUAGGCUUGUUGCUUCAGGCAUCCCGUCUCUACCCCAGUGCCAUGGUGGGGAGGGAGAGCCCUUCCCAGUUGCUCCAGACAGUUGGGAGGGGAGGCUUUUGGAAAGGCCUGUGAGGGAGACAGGUACCAGUUUGAGGGUGGGGUGAAGCUGGGUUGAAUCUUGCCACAAGGAUGGGAUCUGUAUCGUGUGUGUCUCAUCCGUUCACCCCUGACACCUAGCACGGAGCCCAAAGCGUUCAGUGUUAGAGGUGUGCGAGGGAUGGGUUUGCUACUCCAUCUGUGAGCGGUUAUCCAACAUGGCCUCCAGAUGGCGAUCAGACUCAGCUGUCCUGCCUGUAAGGGGCUGAAACACAUACAGGACCAGUUCCUCCCUGGAAGAGAGGGAGCAUUGCAGCAUUGGGUCCUUCUCCAAGCACCCUGUGGCUCAGCGGCCACGAGAAGUGGCACCCGGCCACUGUAGUUACAUGCUUCCUGCAUCUCAGUCUCCUCCAUUCAACUGUAAACUCCAAGCCCAUCUGCCCCAUUUGCAUCUGAAUCCCCAGAGCCUAUUGUGGAGCCUGACAAAGGAUAGGUGCUUAGUAUUUGCUGAAUGAAUACAUAAAGCAUAGGUGGUUAUUCACAACUAGCUAAAAUAUCUUCCUGGUAAAAAUAUCGCACAAAGUACAGAAAACUAGGCAAUCUCCCCAUUUUUCUUGUAUGUGUGUAUAUAUAUGUAUACACACACACACACACACACACACAGAAAUAUCAUUCACAGCAGUGAAGCUCCAGGUUUAUAGAAUAAGCCCCACUUCCUGUCUUCCAGGAUAUUUCUUGGUUUUAAAUUCUGGAUUGGAAGCAGGGCUAUGUGUUGACCUCCUGAUAAUUUCUAAAGAUCUCACUCCACGGGGCACCAGAGUGGCUCAGUCAGUUAAGCAAGCAUCUGACUUUGCUCAGGUCAUAAUCUCAUGGUCCAUGGGUUCAAUCCCCACGUCUGGCUCUGUGCUGACAGCUCAGUCUGGAGCCAGCUUCGGAUUCUGUGACUCCCUCUCUCUUUGCCCCUCCCCUGCUCACACUGUGUCUCUCUCUCAAAAAUAA